AUUCCUCCCUUUCUCUCUCCAUCCCUCUCUCCUCUGGUUGGUAUGAAAGCAGCCAUGGUCAGCAGGAUAUAUGUGACAGCCAGGGGACGGUGGCCAGAGCGAUAAGGGAUUCACCACCUCACAGUGCCCUGCUGUCCUUCCUGCUGCUUCCCCUGCGUUUGAUGCCCGCUCUGUACUCAGUGUGUGGGGGGUGAGGGCCUGUGAGGGCUGGGCUAGGCUGUGGUACUCUAGGUGGCUGCUGUGGUGAUUUAAUCUGGGUUUCGCCUCUCUCUCGUUCUCUCUGCUUCCUUUUACUCUUCCUCGUAGCCGCGGACGACGGAAUUCCCACGCCAGACACCAGGUAGAGUGGAGACACUGGAGUCUAGAGGGAUCGAUCCCUACUGCUGCCUGUCUAUACUGACUUCCUGUCUGUCUGUCUCUUUUUCUGCCCCUAACCCCACUGCCACUUCCUGUCUGUGAUAACCUUUGACCUGUAUGUGUUGAUGUGCAAUACUAACUCCCUGGAGGUUUGCUCUGAAAGACUGAACUGCCCACAUCUAUAGAUGUCAUUUCAUUGAUAUCGUAAUUCAUAUAUCCCUGUGUCCAUGGUUGCAGCUGGAUACCGAAGUACAACUUGGCCCAUACCCUAUUAAUAGCACAUCUACCCCAUACUUACAAUUGGGCUUAGAUUACAUUGUACAAUUAUUAGAAUACCCAACACUUAUUUUAAACCUUUCAACAUCUACAUUGAUAGUAUAUGUUGGGAGAAAUCCAAUACCUAUCUGGCUUAGUCCUCACGUCACAUGUGAUUGUAUUACAUCAGCAUGCAGUGUAGUGGCCCAGGCCCUGUCCAUCUCAGCUACAGAGCAUUGGUACCUGGUGAAUCCUGGCAUGAUUGCUAUGUUUGGGGCCAUGUGUAUAUUCCCUGUGGUGAAAACAGACCCAAAACAUUAUUUGAAGCAUGUAAGAGUUCUCUGCCCCAGCAGAGAGAUGGCAGCUGGUACUUCUGCAAAGUGUAGGCUACUCUGGAGUGCAGAUCUUGUACCCUUCUACUGAGGGAGGGAGGGAGGAAUGUGUUUUCUGUAAAGCAGGGUUCCCUAAUAGGCAGCCCGCGGGCCAAAUUCAGCCUGCAAGUGCAUUUACAGUGCAUUCGGAAAGUACUCAGACCCCUUGACUUUGUCGACAUUUUGUUAGGUUACAGCCUUAUUCUAAAAUUGUUUAAAUUGUUUUUUCCCUCAUCAAUCUACACACAAUACCCCAGAAUGCUAAUUUAUAAAAAAAUAAAAAAUAACAUUUACAUAAGUAUUCAAACCUUUUACUCAGUACUUUGUUGAAGCACCUUUGGCAGCAAUUACAGCCUUGUCUUCUUUGGUACGACGCUACAAGCUUGGCACCUGUAUUUGGAGAGUUUCUCCCAUUCUUCUCUGCAGAUCCUCUCAAGCUCUGUCAGGUUGGAAUGGGAGCGUUGCUGCACAGCUAUUUUCAGGUCUCUCCAGAGAUGUUCGAUCAGGUUCAUGUCCGGGUUCUGGCUGGGCCACUCAAGGACAUUCAGAGACUUGUCCCAAAGCCACUACUGCAUUGUAUUGGCUGUGUGCUUAGGGUCGUUGUCCUGUUGGAAGGUGACUCUUCGCCCCAGUCUGAGGUCCUGAGCGCUCUGGAGCAGGUUUUCAUCAAGGAUCUCUCUGUACUUUGCUCCGUUCAUCUUUGCCUCAAUCCUAACUAGUCUCCCAGUCCCUGCCACUGAAAAAUGUCCCCACAGCAUGAUGCUGCCACCACCAUGCUUCACCGUAGGGAUGGUGCCAGGUUUCCUCCAGACGUGAUGCUUGGCAUUCAGGCCAAAGAGUUCAAUCUUGGUUUCAUCAGACCAGAGAAUCUUGUUUCUCAUGGUCUGAGAGUCUUUAGGUGCCUUUUGGUAAACUCCAAGCGGGCUGUCAUGUGCCUUUCACUGAGGAGUGGCAUCAGUCUGGCCACUCUACCAUAAAGGCCUGAUUGGUGGAGUGCUGCAGAGAUGGUUGUCCUUCUGGAAGGUUCUCCCAUCUCCACAGAGGAACUCUAGAAUUCUGUCAGAGUGACCAUCGGGUUCUUGGUCACCUCCCUGACCAAGGCCCUUCUCCCCCGAUUGCUCAGUUUGGCCGGGUGACCAGCUCUAGGAAGAGUCUCGGUGGUUCCAAACUUCUUCCAUUUAAGAAUGAUGGAGGCUACUGUGUUCUUGGUGACCUCCAAUGCUGCAGAAAUGUUUUGCUACCCUUCCCCAGAUCUGUGCCUCGACAGAAUCCUGUCUCGGAGCUCUACGGACAAUUCCUUCGACCUCAUCGCUUGGUUUUUGCUCUGACAUGGACUGUCAACUGUGUGACCUUAUAUAGACAGGUGUGUGCCUUUCCAAAUCAUGUCCAAUCAAUUGAAUUUACCACAGGUGGACUUCAAUCAAGUUGUAGAAACAUCUCAAGGAUGAUCAAUGGAAACAGGAUGCACCUGAGCUCAAUUUCGAGUCCCAUAGCAAAGGGUCUGAAUACUUAUGUAAAUAAGGUAUUUCUGUUUUCAAGGUUUUAUAAACUUCCAAAAAUAUCUAAAAACCUGUUUUCACUUUGUCAUUAUGGGGUAUUGUGUGUAGAUUGCUGAGGAAAUUGUUUUAUUUAAUCCAUUUUAGAAUAAGGCUGUAACGUAACAAAAUGUGGAAAAAGUCAAGGGGUCUGAAUACUUUCCUGAAGGCACUGUAUUUGGCCCCCAAAGUUUUCAGAGCUAAAAAAAUCUAUAAAUAAAUCUCUCUCUCUCUGUAUGUAUGUAUAUGUAUAUAUGUAUAUAUAUAUAUAUAUAUAUAUAUAUAUAUAUAUAUAUAUAUAUAUACCAUAUAUAUAUAUAUAUAUACACAUAUAUAUAUAUAUAUAUAUAUACACAUAUAUAUAUAUACACAUAUAUAUAUAUAUAUAUAUAUACACAUAUAUAUAUAUAUAUAUACACAUAUAUAUAUACAUACAUACUGAACAAAAAUAUAAACGCAACAUGUAAAGUGUUGGUCCCAUGAUUUCAUGAGCUGAAAUAAAAGAUCCCAUAUAUUUUCCAUACACACAAAAAGCUUUAUUUACAUCCCUGUUAGUGAGCAUUUCUCCUUUGCCAAGAUAAUCCAUCCACCUGACAGGUGUGGCAUAUCAAGAAGCUGAUUAAACAGCAUGAUCAUUACACAGGUGCAACUUGUGCUGGGGACAAUAAAAGGCCACUCUAAAAUUAGCAGUUUUGUCACACAACACAACAACACAAUGCCACAGAUGUCUCAAGUUUUGAGAGAGUCUCAGUGUUCAUUUCUCUUCCAUAAACCGCCUCCAAUGUCGUUUUAGAGAAUUUGGCAGUACGUCCAACUGGCCUCACAACCGCAGACCACGUGUAACCACGCCAGCCCAGGACCUCCACAUCCGGCUUCUUCACCUGCGGGAUUGUCUGAGGGGGUGCUGAGGAGAAAAACUCAUUCUGAUUGGCUGGGCCAAAUUUUCUAAAUGACAUUGUUAGAAAAAUGAACAUGAAAUGUAAAUGUAAAUGUAAAUUCUCUGGCAACAGCUCUGGUGGACAUUCCUGCAGUCAGCAUGCCAAUUGCACACUCCCUUCAAAACUAGAGACAUCUUUGGUGUUGUGUGACAAAACUGCACAUUUGCCUUUUAUUGUCCCCAGCACAAAGUGUACCUGUAUAAUGAUCAUGCUGUUUAAUAAGCUUGUUGAUAUGCCACAUCUGUCAAGUAGAUGGAUUAUCUUGGCAAAGGAGAAAUGCUCACUAACAGGGAUGUUAACAUAUUUGUGCUCAAAAUUUGAGAGAUUUUUUUUGUACGUAUGGAACAUUUCUGAGGUCUUUUUAUUUCAGCUCAUGAAACAUGGGACUAACACUUUACAUGUGGCGUUUAUAUUUUUGUAAAAUCACCAGGAAAUCAGCUCAAAGUUAUUUUAAUUUAGAAAAUCUGUUUCCAAGUAUUCCCACGCAUAAAUAAAGAGGCAUCCCAAUGUAAUCAAGGUUUGAAAUGAUUCUAUUUUUGUCUAACACUAAAUCUGUUUGGGAUUCUUGCGGUCAAUUUGCAGUGUACAAAUUAUUUAUAACUAUGUUCCAGCCCCUCGACCAUCCACUCAAGGAAAAAUCUGCCCACAGAUGAAUGUAAUUGGGGACCCCUGCUGUAAAGGGACAGUUCCUCCUCCUCUUUCCCUCUCUCACUCUCCACUCCAUAUGGAGUGUGUGGUAGUAGCGCCAUUACAUAACCUCACAUCACUUAUCAGUCUCAAGUGUUGACGUAACACAUGAACACGAUAGAGGCCAUUUUUUGUACCACUGUAGCCCCAUAGAUUUGUAUUGGGUAAGAGGAACACUUGCACAGGCCUGUCAUUGUGGUCAAUGAGUCACUACUGUAGAUUUAGUGAUCUAUUAAAAUCAUUGAGACGUUGUGAGGGACUAGGCCUUGGCGUGAAUGGUUCUGCAGCUGCAAAACUCCAGUCUGUCUCUGCAAACGUUCAAUAUGAUCAUUGGUAACACUACUGUAGUCCCUCUUAUGCCUAUGACAGAUGGUAUAAUGUCUUAUAUAGUUGUUAUAAAGGCUUUAAGUGCAUACAUAAGGGCGGCAACAGUAAAGUGUUACCGAUCAUUAUCAGUCUAAUAAUGGUGGGCAUGCAUGUAGAUAAAAAUUUGCAUAUAAAGACUAUAAUAUAUUGCGUUUGAGGUCAGAAUGAACCAUCUAUUACUAAUGAGAUGCCAUUCCUAUUGUUGUGAAGGACUCUGGACAAGCUAUUCCCCGUGUGGUCGAGAGCUGUAUUCGAUUCAUCAAUCUUUAUGGUGAGUUGGUCAUCCAUUAAUUACUAAUAUUUUACGAUGCAACAGCUAUGGUUUUCUAAAAUUUUCACACCCCUUGCAGGCCAACCAAGUGUAACAGUCAAAAAUUACAGUUUAGUGCAGAUUUUUCUCAUCUUUUGGAAAGCUCCUAAAUUGUGUGCAACCCGUCCAAGUUUGGUCAAAGGUAACAUUCCGACAAUUUCAGAGUGUUCAUUGUUUUGGUGUGUCCAUUCUUCCCGUGUCAGUGUUAGAAUCGGUUCCAUUUUAGUCACGGUCAUGGGAAAGUCUAUGCAGAUGCCAUCUUGUUUACCGCAACCAUCCAUACAGCCAAUGGGAUGCAACCAUAGAGAUGUAUAGAGAUCGCAACAUUGUAUCUGUCCCUUAAUUGGCAUCUGUGAGCACACGGGAAGCGCCAUCGAGGCUGUCCAUUUCCUUCUACUACUUGAGUAAACAAACUGAAAGGGUGCACACUGCCACCUGUAGUGUGUUGUUUGAACAAGUAUAAGGCCAAGGUUGGCGAUUUACUGCCACCUGCAGUUAUAGGAUGUUUGCUCACGAGUAUAAUUCAUUGGCUGAUCCCUCCUGAUGACCUGGAUGGAAUUAUGUGAUCCUUCCUUAACCCAUAGGAAGUCCCACCCAGUCGACUACUUAAAAAUGAUGAAAGUCCUCAAUGGUGCUGCCCAUUCCAAAACAUGUUUUUGGGCACUAGAGUCCCAUAUACAUCUCUAUGGAUGCAAGACACACACACACACACACACACACACACACACCCCACCUCUUCACACACGCUGUCAAAUAGGUUAGUUAGACUAUUACUGUGAGCCGCAUUAAUAAAACUCCAACAUAACAUGUCGGCUUAAUCAUUUGAAGGAGUGACGCUAAUGACCUCUCUCCGUGUUUUGCGGACACCGGCGACGUCUUACAGUACUGGGGCGCCCGUCUUGUGACGGGGCAGACGUCGGCUAAUUAAGCUCUGCGCCAACCUCUGACCUCUCUCCUUAUUAAAUCCCGGCUGGAGGACGCUUUAGUAAGACUUGAUUGCGGUCUGUCUCGCUCAUUAAUUUUCUUUAAUUGGAAAAGUGAAGGGCUGGAGGAACGGGAUGUGGCUUUUAGUUGGGAUUUAAACUGGAUUUUCUUUUUGCACUGGUGGUCUUUUGUAAUGGCUGCUUGUCACAAUGGACCAAAUGUGUGUCUCACCCUUUCUCUCUUUCUCUCUUGGGUCUCUACCUCUCUUUCUCUCUAUGUUCUUUGUUCUCUUCAGGCCUUCAACAUCAAGGGAUAUUCCGUGUGUCCGGGUCUCAGAUGGAAAUCAAUGACAUUAAGAACUCAUUCGAGAGAGGUAGGAUGUUAUUAACAUGUUAGUCAAUUGACACUUCACACAUUUGAUAUGAGUAGAUAUGAGUGGACUUCAAUUGAUUAUAUAAUACUUUUGAGCUACAGAAUUUGACUUGGUCUAGUGGACACUUCAUUUACUAUUUUAAAAUAAUUUGUUUACACUGGUAGGAACUUAUCAAAUCAAAUGUAUUCAUAAAGCCCUUUUUUCAUCAGCAGAAGUCCUCAUCUGGCUGUGCUGGGUAGAGAUUAUAAGAGUACAUGGCCAUUAUAAAGGCCAGAUUGUUCUUCAAGAUGUUCAAAUGUUCACCAGAAGGGUCAAAUAAUAAUCACAGUGGUUGUAGAGAGUGCAACAGGUCAGCACCUCAGGAGUAAAUGUUAGUUGACUUUUCAUAGCCAAGCAUUCAGAGGUCGAGACAGCCGGUGCGGUGGUGGUGGGGGGGGGGGGUCGAAAACAGCAGGUCCGGGACAAGGUAGCACGUCCGGUGAACAGGUCAGGGUUCCAUAGCCACAGGCAAAACAGCAUAAACUGGAUCAGCAGCAUGACCAGGUGGACUGGGGACAGCCAGGAGUCAUCAGGUCAGGUAGUCCUGAGGCAUGGUCCUAGGGCUCAGGUCCUCAGAGAGAGAGAGAGGAAAUAUACUUAAAUUCACACAGGACACUAGAUAAAACACCAGAUAGGACAGAUUGACCCUAUACCCCCGCACAUAGACUAUUGCAGCACAGAUAAUGGAGGCGGAGACAGGGGGGGUCGGGGGACACUGGUCAAAUGGGUGUUGCCAGUGUGUAAGUUUGUAACUUCCUUCUAGUGAGGGGAAAUUACAUCAUUGCCUGCAUACAACAUAUCCUCACAUACACUUAUCGGUCUCCCAGGUAAUGACCCGUUGACAGAUGACGAGAACAACCACGACAUCAACUCAGUGGCCGGUGUUCUCAAACUCUACUUCCGGGGCCUGGAAAAAUCCCUCUUGCCCAAGGAAAGAUUUAACGACCUCCUGUCCUGCGUCAGUAAGUAGCUGUUGUUACUCGUCCUAUAUGCAUUCUGUCUCCACACAGCUGGGUGUACUACAGUAUAAUCUGAGACACACACACACAGACAGACACAUGCAAGCACACAAACACACACUCACAUUAUGGGCAUACAUAUGAUGUUCAACUUAGUGUGUUGAUAUUCAAUGGGAGUGCAUUAUGACUCAUUGUGUGGCAGUCAGACCAGGGGCAUUCUAUGAGCCAUGUAGGUCCUAAGUGGCCUUUUUCCUGGCAUUGAUGGGACGUCUAGCAGAUAAAAUGGAGUCAUUAGUUAGACAGUAUUCACAUGCUCUUUGCAGGUCAACUCUUAAUGUCCCACUAUGGGGAAAUCAUCACAAACAGCCUUGGGACUAGACAUUAUAGUUACUUGCUCAUCUGGGCUGUUUUCAUCAAUAGCAUGUUGCUGUGUUACCCCGUCUUUGUGCCAGGGGGUGAAUAGUACCACGUUGUGUUGUUGUCCGUCUUCUCCACUGACUAGAGCAUUCAUGGGAUGAGCUGUGACAUAAAUCUCACCGUACAGCCUGGUGUUGGGUAAUGAAAUGUAUAUUUAUAAAGGCAGUAGUGUUUACAUCAAACCAUACAGUGGCGACUUCACUACUCUGGCACAGACGGCCACAUUGUUCUCUUACUGUAAAGGCAGUGUGACACGGUCUUACAUAGUUCAGUCGGCUCUUUGUGGGAUUCGCUCUGACCUUAUAAGAAGUCAUGUGGGGGCUUUGAGGGUGGACUAGUGGAGUAGCCACUGUUGUUCAAGAACAAUAGGCUGGCUAGUGUGAGUCACAUGUACUGUACUCAACGUGUGCUGUAAUGCCUUUUGGGGGGGGGGGGGGUAGUGUGUUUGUGUGCACUGGUUUGUGGCCUAAGUGUGUGUGUGCGCACGUGAGCGAGAUAUGGUAUCGGCUUACACUUGUGAGUGAUGGGGAUUCCCUGUUGCUUACUCUAAGGCCUGACAUACCAGCGCUUGGAGAGUGGGCAUCAUGCCCAGCCAGCAGUAUCAUAUUAAUAAAACCCUCACACAAGCCAGAUAAGCAGCACAGUGUCACCUUUACUUUAAAUGGCUGGCUCACUGGGCACUGAGAAAACACGUGUCUGUACAUGAGGUUGUCAUGUUUUUAUUUUAUUGUCUCUAUUGUAUAGUUGCCUGCCUUGUCUGUCUACCGUCUUCCACAGCGAGAAGGGUGUGGUGAUCGUGAGAAGAGAGUGGAGGGGGGGGGCUGUUCUUUAAAUAGCAUCCUUCUGAAGUGUUGAGGAACCAUGCAGAAGAGAAACCUAGUUAGGUACUCAUGGAAGAUGAAUAACAUCACAAGUAUUCCCAAAAGCCCAUCUCCCAAAUGUCCCAAACUCGUUUCACGGUGACAGCGCUAUUUCAGGAAGCCAUCGUCGUCACCAAUGAAAAACAUUAAAGGGGCUGCUUUGGAACAGAGGAGAUGGGCGGAUUAAAGCGAAAUUGAUCAGCGCUCAGCGCUUUGUAUGAUCGUUCUGACACAAGACUAAAGUUUUGUGAGAUGCUUUGUCUCUGAUCAUUAUUGCAGUAGUGACAAAAAUGGAUCAAUACGUCAGAGUUUAUUUUUCUCUCGUUGACAAGAGAGAAUCGAGAGGGAGAUGAUGACAGAGAGAGAGAGAGAUAGAGAAACAGUGUGAGGUCUGUACAUUAGUCCUUUAGCAGACACUCUUGCCCAAGUACUUACAAUCACUGCUUUUUAACUAAAGAAGGCAACACAUGCACGUGCACGCACGCACGCUCCCUUUCCCAUCUGUUAGAAGAGUGUCACUUUCUUGUGAUAUUUAGGGCAGCAACAGAACUGGAAACAGCAGAAUUUAUUCCAGUGUGAUUUAUAACUGUGCAAUUGUCCUCAAUGAUAUUUAUAACUGUUUUCCCCAGUAAGUUUAAGAACAGUGCAAGUAUCCUUAGUGGUAUUUGGAGCAGCUCUGUGCUCAGAGACAACUUCAUCUAUGGUUAGUAAGUCUUUGUGAGGGCCCAUGAGAUUGUAGCCUGAUUAAACCAGACUGAAUGUUGCGCUCGCCAUUGAGCGUAGCAUUCAGUCUGGUUCAACCAGGCUAUAGAACAUGGGUCGGCAACAGGCGGCCCACGCGCUGAAACCGACCCGCAAGUGAUUUUAUUUGUAUAUGGGGGUAUUUUAGUUUUUAGUCAAAAAAGACCAGAAAUAGUUUUGAAAAUCUGUUCCCAAGUAUUCCCACAAAUAAAAAAAGAGACUUAUGUGAUCAUGUCUCAAUGUAAUCAAGGUAUGAAAUUAUUGUUAUUUUCAAAUACAACUUAUUUUUGGGCAUAGUUGCGGUCAAGUUGCAGUGCACAAAUUAUUAUAAUUAUGUUCUGGCCCCCCAACCAUCCGCUCCGACAAAAAGUUGCCAACCCCUGCUAUAGAGAGUUGGGCCUUAUCCUAAUGGCCUCUGCCUUAAUAUGCUGCUUAUAGCUGCAGGCACACUGGGUAUCAAUGAGUGAGUGGGAACAUUCAGAUGGAUAUCCGUCAUUACAUACGCAGCCCUGCAAAGUGGCAUGUCAGGCACAUUUUAGAGAAGUGCAGGGACGACGCACAGACAGAAAUGGUCCCUGAAUGUCACCGGAUUCACUGUGACAGGAGGACGUUCUCUGGAUGUGUUGGCUUAAUGGCUGAUACGUUUGUGCACCUCGGAUACAUUUAAAUAGCUUUAUGCAUACUAAUAAGAAAUAUACACUACCGUUCAAAAGUUUGGGGUCACUUAGAAAUGUCCUUGUUUUGGAAAGAAAAGCAAUUUUUUUGUCCAUUUUAAAAUGAAAUAAAAUUGAUCCGAAAUACAGUGUAAACAUUGUUAAUGUUGUAAAUGGCUAUUGUAGCAGGAAACGGCUGAUUAAAAAAAGAAGGAAUAUCUACAUAGGUGUACAGAGGCCCAUUAUCAGCAACCAUCAGUCCUGUGUUCCAAUGGCACGUUGUGUUUGCUAAUCCAAGUUUAUCAUUUUAAAAGGCUAAUUGAUCAUUAGAAAACCCUUUUGCAAUUACGUUAGCACAGCUGAAAACUAUUGUGCUGAUUAAAGAAGCAAUACAAACUGGCCUUCUUGAGACUAGUUGAGUAUCUGGAGCAUCAGCAAUUGUGGGUUCGAUUUACAGAAUCAAAAUGGCCAGAAACAAAUAACUUUCUUCUGAAACUCGUCAGUCUAUUCUUGUUCUGAGAAAUGAAGGCUAUUCCAUGCGAGAAAUUGCCAAGAAACUGAAGAUCUCGUACAACGCUGUGUACUACUCCUUUCACAGAACAACGCAAACUGGCUCUAACCAGAAUAGAAAGAGGAGUGGGAGGCCCCGGUGCACAACUGAGCAAGAGGACAAAUACAUUAGAGUGUCUAGUUUGAGAAACAGACACCUCACAGGUCCUCAACUGGCAACUUCAUUAAAUAGUACCCGCAAAACACCAGUCUCAACGUCAACAGUGAAGAGGCGACUCCAGGAUGCUGACCUUCUAGGCAGAGUUGCAAAGAAAAAGCCAUAUCUCAGACUGGCCAAUAAAAAGAAAAGAUUAAGAUGGGCAAAAGAACACAGACACUGGACAGAGGAAGAUUGAAAAAAAGUGUUAUGGACAGACAAAUCGAAGUUUGAGGUGUUCGGAUCACAAAGAAGAACAUUUGUGAGACGCAGACCAAAUGAAAAGAUGCUGGAGGAGUGCUUGAUGCCAUCUGUUAAGCAUGGUGGAGGCAAUGUGAUGGUAUGGGGUGCUUUGGUGGUGGUAAAGUGGGAGAUUUGUACAGGGUAAAAGGGAUCUUGAAGAAGGAAGGCUAUCACUCCAUUUUGCAACGCCAUGCCAUACCCUGUGGACGGCGCUUGAUUGGAGCAAAUUUCCUCCUACAACAGGACAAUGACCCAAAGCACAGCUCCAAACUAUGCAAGAACUAUUUAGGGAAGAAGCAGUCAGCUGGUAUUCUGUCUAUAAUGGAGUGGCCAGCACAGUCACCGGAUCUCAACCCUAUUGAGCUGUUGUGGGAGCAGCUUGACUGUAUGGUACGUAAGAAGUGCCCAUCAAGCCAAUCCAAUUUGUGGGAGGUGCUUCAGGAAGCAUGGGGUGAAAUCUCUUCAGAUUACCUCAACAAAUUGACAACUAGAAUCCAAAGGUCUGCAAGGCUGCAAAUGGAGGAUUCUUUGACAAAAGCAAAGUUUGAAGGACACAAUUAUUAUUUCAAUUAAAAAUCAUUAUUUCCUAUUGCUAUAUUUCCUAUUCAAACUCAUUUCAUGUAUGUUUUCAUGGAAAACAAGGACAUUUCUAAGUGACCCCAAACUUUUGAACGGUAGUGCAGAUCAAGCUAAAAACUGUUCAACCUGAAUCUAAAUAAUUGUAGUCUAAAUGGCUCCGGUCUGUAUUUCUAAGAUUUAUAUGAUGUGCAAUAGUGAAUGAUUUAAUACAUUUUUCUCUCUCUCUCUCUCUCUCUCUCUCUCUCUCUCUCUCUCUCUCUCUCUCUCUCUCAGGAAUAGAGAACCUGUAUGAGAGGUCCCUGUACAUCCGUAAGAUCCUCCUGACCGCCGUGCCCAGGUCCGUCCUCAUCGUGAUGCGCUACCUCUUCGCCUUUCUCAACCAGUAAGUCCUCAACAACCGGUCCAGGGUCAUAUUCAUUAAGCAUCAAAUGGAAGAAAAUUGACUGAAAGGGCGAUGCACUACCUGGACUUAUCCAAUAGGAAACUCCCAUUUUCCUUUUCCAUUGCGUGCCGUAAUGAAUAAUAUGACCCAGGCUUAUUCACUUACUGUUCAUUUUCUGAUAUACCAUUAGUAAGUACAAAACACACAUUGACUGGCCUACUGUACUACUGUAUGGGGGACAUGUGUAGUCAAUCACCAAAUAGCCCUAAACCUUUUAAGAUCAUUGUACAGUAGACUCCUGUUUGUUACUGAAUGUAGAGAUAGGAAGAGAAAAUGAUUAGCUAGCGUUAAAGUAAACAUGUCCAGCAAUAAGAACAAAUGACUAGAGAGAUGUAUUCCUUAGUAAUUUACUCUAUCUGAAAGGCUGUCAUUGUUUAUUUACUGUUUAGGUGAUACUGAGAGGAGCAUAAUGACACUGUUAGGUUAUUAAAAGGUUUGAGAAUUGAUCACUACCCAGACAGUGAGAGGAUAGGCAGUCUGUCUGGUGCCUUGGCUGAAUGCAGCUGUACCACGCAGAACUAAUUCCUGUUUGUACACAAACAAAUUAAAAUGCUUUGUUUGUGAAGGGCGAAGUUUCUCCACUAUCUUGUUGAAGAGAUUACGUUAACUUACUGUAAAGUCGAUUGUUGCGCAUAAACCCUUUAUCUCUCUCUAUUUCUCUUCCUCUCUCACUCCCCCCUCCCCCCCAGCCUGUCCCAGUACAGUGAUGAGAACAUGAUGGACCCCUAUAACCUGGCCAUCUGCUUCGGCCCCACCCUCAUGCCCACGCCCAACAUCGAGGACCAGGUGUCGUGCCAGGCACACGUCAAUGAGAUCAUCAAGACCAUCAUCAUCCAACAUGAGACCAUCUUCCCCGACGCCAAGGAGCUGGACGGGCCCGUCUACGAGAAGUGCAUGGCUGGGGGAGACUACUGGUGAGCUGAACAUAGAAAUGUAAUUACUAGAACAUAGACCUGAAUUUAGAAAUAUAACUACUAGAAUGGAUCUGGAUGAGCCCGUUUAUGUGAAGUGCAUAGCUGGCGGAGACUACUGGUGAGAUCAGGGUUCCCACUCUUAGACACUUUAAGAAUUCUAUGACUUUUCCAUGAAAUGUGUUAAAUUCCCUGGCUUUCCCUGUCUGAAAUUAAAAUGUCCCUGAUAUUCCAGAAGUUCCCUGACCUGUGGGACCCUGUGAGAUGAUUGAGUGAGCAGGGUCACCCUUUUAUGGGGUCAGGGGUCAUUCAUUAGUGAAACUCGAUACGGGUGACUUGCGAUGAUGUAAUUUUGAUGAGCUUCACAGAUGUGCAAGGUGAGGUGUUGGCAGGGGAGCUCUUUACAAAGUCGUGGGUGUGUUUCUCAUUCCCGUCCUGUGAUUGUAGUCUAACUCAGGCUCGCAGCCAAAUACCCCUUCAUAAGGGACAUAAUGCUCCAUGCUGCAGGUAUGUAUGCACGCAGUGUGGAGUACGUCCGAGGGCUAGGGCCGCAGCUGUCUCAAUACGUCAUUAGCGAGAGUUAAUGCAGGUAAUUAGGCUAAAUGAUGAGGUGUCUGUGGUGAGACAAUAUGACAGGGGAGAGCUAGAGGCGUCACUACAGAUCCGGGUUCGAUCCCGUGCUGUGUCGCAGCCGGCCUCGACCAGGAGACCCAUGAGGCGGCGCACAAUUGGCCCAGCGUCGUCCGGGUUAGGGGAGGGUUUGACCAGCUGGGAUGUCCUUGUCCCAUCGCGCUCUAGCGACUCCUUGUGGCGGCCAGGCGCAUGCGCGCUGACUUGGGUCGCCAGCUGUACGGUGUUUCCUCCGACACAUUGGUGCGUCUGGCUUCCGGGUUAAGGGAGCAGUGUGUCAAGAAGCAGUGCGGCUUGGCGGGGUCUUGUUUCAGAGGAAGCAUGGCUCUUGACCUUCGCCUCUCCCAAGUCCGUACGGGAGUUGCAGCGAUGGGACAAGAAUGUAACUACCAAUUGGAUACCACGAAAUUGGGGAGAAAAAGGGGUAAAAAGUACCUAUAAGAAAUGUAAUAAAUGAAGUAUGUUAAAACAGAGCAGAUUAAAGUUCCAAAGCCAACUAGCUCCACAGUUGUGAGGAGCUGAGCAGGGAGAGGUUAUAUCAUCCUCCCCUGAAGAGCACUAGCCUGAUCGAGGUGAGACGGACCUAAGCGAUCACGAUUAGUAAGGAAACCUAAAGUGCAGCACAUAGAAGUACAGCCUAUCACUUGCUUCCUCUGAAGAGCACAUCUCUCUCUCUCUCUCUCUCUCUGUUCCUUGGCGGAGUGUUAGCACUGCCAGAGCUAAUUACCCGUCACAGCCGUCAGGACGCCGUCCCUGACCGAGGCACAUCAAACCUGUGGAGAUUUGUUGUCGUUGCUUCCUCCCUCCUCCUCCCCCAGGGGGUAAUACGAGGCAGGUGGCAGUGGUGUGUUACCCAGGGAAACGGCGCUAAGUGCCAGUCGGGGGUAAUCUUUGGAAGAUGUAAGGGCCGUUAGUGCCAGGUUAAUGCCGUGGGGUGCCAGGGACAAAGUCUGAAAACAGAUCAUUUGAACCCAGGCUGUGUCAUGAGAAUACUGAUGAUGCCCUCGAUUUGUGCGUCUCAAUAGUCGGUGGCUGCCUCUCAAUGUGGCUGUAGAUGCAUCUCAGUCGUCUAAAGUCCUCUGCUUGUCUGCUCACCUUCAUCUACACUAAACGUCUUUGAUGGAUGAGAUCUAUAUGAGUGCAUACCACUUACCAGGUAUUUGCUUUCAACAAUCCAGUCCAGUGUCACAUCAUUGCCGAAGAAGGAAAGGAGAUGAAGAGGGGAAUCUACUUCAGACUAUUAAGAUACACCCAUAGGCUGAAUGAAAUUGAGUAGCUUGUACGGUUGUAUCCAUGGUAGCCGAACCCUGACCCUAACCUAUAAACCCUGAGCUCUGACCCUGUCUCCCCCCCCCCCCCCCCCCCACAGUGAGAGUCCCUACAGCGAGCAUGGGGCAAUUGAGGAGGUGGACAACGAGGGAGGGACGGAGACACAUACCAGCGAGGAC